UAGCAAGGACUUUGGCCAAUCAUAGAUUCGUGGUUUACUACGUCUAUGACCUUUGACGAAUCAGAACUCUUCUUGUUGCAUAGACGCAAGCUACCAGUGACAGGCUGCGUGCUGUAAGGUUCGGCUGACCCAUCAUCAGGAUAGCAGUCAGUAUUGCUCUGUUCAAGGCUGCGCGUACGUUUCACCUGUUUUGUAGCAGAGUCAUAAACCGCCCCGUUCACCUCAACGCCAGUGCUAAAGUAGUAUCAUUGCUCAAGAUGCCCCAGACAAACAAGUUCAAAAGUGCUGGAGCCAGCAGUGCUGCUCAGUCUGCUGGUCCAGACCGGGGUGAAGCACUCAGAGACCCCAACGCACCUCCGGGGGACAGUGGUGGAGAUGACAACCAAGGAGACCCUCAAAUUAUUAAAUCUCCAAGUGACCCCAAACAAUACAGAUACAUUGAGCUAAGUAACGGACUGAGGGCUCUCCUAAUCUCUGAUCUGAGUGAUUUAGAUGGGAAAACUGAAGAUGAUGAAGAUUCAGAAGAGGAGGAGGAGGAGGAAGAAGAGGAGGGAGAGGAAGCGGAAGAGGAGGGAGACUCGGGGGAAGGAACGGAUGAGGAAUCUGAAGAAGAAGGGGACAGUCAAGAUAGUGACUUUGAGGAGCUUGACGAGGACAACGACAGGAAGAAGAAAAAGGGAUCUGAAAAACAGUCUGCAGCGGCCCUGUGUAUUGGCGUAGGGAGUUUCAGCGACCCUAAUGACCUACCUGGCCUUGCACACUUCCUGGAACACAUGGUGUUCAUGGGCAGCGAAAAGUACCCUUCUGAAAAUGGCUUUGAUGCGUUCCUUAAAAAGCAUGGUGGCAGUGAUAAUGCUUCCACUGAUUGUGAGAGAACCAUUUUCCAAUUUGAUGUCCAGAGGAAAUGCUUCAAAGAAGCCCUUGACAGAUGGGCUCAGUUUUUCGUCUGUCCUCUUAUGAUUGAAGACGCCAUUGAUCGAGAGGUUGAGGCUGUGGACAGUGAAUAUCAGCUUGCUAAGCCUUCAGACUCUCACCGUAAGGAAAUGCUCUUUGGCAGCCUAGCAAAGCCCAACCAUCCCAUGAGCAAGUUCUGCUGGGGAAAUGCACUGACCCUGAAGACUGAGCCUAGGGAAAAGAAUAUCAAUGUUUACAAGCGGCUCCGUGAGUUUUGGAAAAGGUACUACUCUGCCCACUAUAUGACCUUAGCUGUGCAGUCUAAAGAGAGUCUUGACACCCUUGAGGAAUGGGUUAGAGAAAUCUUCAGUCAGGUACCCAACAAUGGGAAGCCAAAACCUGAUUUUUCAGACCAGUUGAGCCCCUUUGAAACACCUGCUUUCAACAAACUUUACCGAAUGGUGCCUGUUAGAAAAGUACAUGCCCUCACCAUCACAUGGGCUCUACCCCCGCAAGAGAAGCACUACAGGGUAAAGCCUCUGCAUUACAUUGCUUGGCUGAUUGGCCAUGAGGGAACUGGAAGUAUCUUGUCCAUGCUUAGGAGGAAGUGCUGGGCUCUAGCUUUGUUUGGCGGAAACAGUGAGACUGGUUUUGAUCAGAACACCACCUAUUCAAUUUUUAGUAUCUCAAUAACUCUGACUGAUGAGGGCUUCCAGAACUUCUAUGAGGUUGCUCAUCUCGUCUUCCAGUAUUUGAAAAUGCUUCAGACUCUUGGGCCCCAACAGAGCCCCGGAGCCGUGAUCUCUGUUGCACUGCACCUCCUCACACCAAAGAAGGCUAACUUGCUCCUGUUGUCUCCUGAGCAUGAAGGCCAGUGCCCACUCAGGGAAAAGUGGUUUGGGACUCAGUACAGUGUAGAGGACAUACAGCAGCACUGGAGAGAGCUCUGGGCAGGAGAUUUUGAUUUAAACCCAAGCCUUCACCUACCUGCUGAAAAUAAGUUCAUCGCCACUGAUUUCACCCUCAAAACCUCUGACUGUCCAGACACAGAGUACCCUGUCAAAAUAAUGAACAAUGACAGAGGGUGUUUGUGGUAUAAGAAGGACAACAAGUUCAAGAUCCCCAAAGCAUACGUGCAGUUCCACCUUAUAUCACCUGUGGUUCAGAAGUCUGCAAAAAACCUGGUGCUUUUUGACCUGUUUGUGAAUAUCCUGGUGCAUAACUUGGCAGAUCCAUCCUACGAGGCUGAUGUGGCCCAGCUAGAAUAUAAAUUUGUUGCAGGGGAGCAUGGUCUUGUCAUCAAGGUUAAGGGCUUCAACCACAAACUACCGUUGCUGUUCAACCUGAUCGUGGAUUAUCUUGCUGAUUUCUCUGCUGCUCCUGAUGUAUUCAGCAUGUUUGCAGAGCAGCUGAAGAAAACCUACUUUAACAUCCUCAUCAAGCCUGAAAAGCUUGGAAAAGACGUGAGGCUUCAGAUUCUAGAGCACUCUCGCUGGUCGACCAUUCAGAAGUACCAAGCUGUGCUGGAUGGGCUCAGUGUGGACGAGCUCAUGGAGUUUGUGAGCAGCUUCAAGUCAGAGCUAUAUGCUGAAGGACUAGUGCAGGGAAACUUCACUAGCACUGAAUCUAUGGGAUUUUUGCAGUAUGUUACAGACAAAUUGCAAUUCAAGAAGCUGUCAGUAGAGGUCCCUGUUCUCUUCAGAGUGGUAGAGCUUCCUCAGAAACAUCAUCUGUGCAAAGUGAAGUCUCUCAACAAGGGAGAUGCAAACUCUGAGGUCACUGUGUAUUACCAGUCUGGUCCUAAGAACCUGCGUGAACACACUCUUAUGGAGCUACUAGUGAUGCACAUGGAGGAGCCAUGCUUUGACUUCCUCCGAACCAAAGAGACACUGGGAUAUCAUGUCUACCCAACCUGUAGAAACACAUCAGGUGUCCUUGGAUUCUCAGUCACAGUAGAGACUCAGGCCACCAAGUUCAACACUGAGCUGGUGGAGACAAAGAUUGAGGAGUUUCUGGUGAGCUUCGGAGAAAAGAUGAACAGCUUGAGUCAUGAGGCUUUUAAGACACAGGUGACUGCUCUCGUCAAGCUGAAGGGUUGCGAAGACACCCAUCUCGGCGAGGAGGUGAACAGGAACUGGACAGAGGUGGUCACACAGCAAUACGUCUUCGACAGACUCAGCCGAGAGAUUGAUGCACUGAAAUAUAGUGGAAACUAG